GAGAGGCUUUGGGGCCGGGGCGGAAAGAAGGGCGGCCCGCCAGGGGGUCCGUGGACUCGCUUUGGCCUCCUCCGAGCCGGGCCGGCGAUGGCCGCAGCUGUGAGGCGAGGUCGGGUCCCGUAGCGGCGCGCAACGUCCUCGGGGGACUCGGGGUCCUGGUUGGUUUCCACAGCUCUUCCUGAGGCCGAAGAACAGAAGGAAGGUGAUGUGAUGUGAUGAUAGAAUUUGUGAUAGCCAGGCAACAACUUUUCCUGAUUCGGCAUGUUAAAAAAUAAGGGUCACUCAUCUAAGAAAGAUAACUUGGCAGUCAAUGCAGUUGCUUUACAAGAUCACAUUUUAUGUGAUCUUCAACUUCGAAAUCUUUCAGUUGCAGAUCAUUCUAAGACACAAGUACAAAAGAAAGAGAACAAAUCUCUAAAAAGAGAUACAAAGGCAAUAAUAGAUACUGGACUUAAAAAAACUAUGCAGUGCCCCAAACUAGAAGAUUCAGAAAAAGAAUAUGUUCUUGAUCCCAAACCGCCACCAUUGACUUUGGCACAGAAGUUGGGCCUCAUUGGGCCUCCACCACCUCCUCUGUCAUCUGAUGAAUGGGAGAAGGUGAAACAGCGCUCCCUCCUGCAAGGGGACUCGGUGCAGCCGUGCCCCAUCUGUAAAGAAGAAUUCGAGCUUCGACCUCAGGUGCUGCUUUCAUGCUCCCAUGUGUUCCACAGAGCAUGUCUUCAGGCUUUUGAAAAGUUCACAAACAAGAAAACGUGUCCUCUCUGUAGAAAGAACCAGUAUCAAACCCGAGUGAUACACGAUGGGGCUCGCCUGUUCAGGAUAAAGUGUGUGACCAGAAUCCAAGCCUACUGGAGAGGCUACGUUGUCAGAAAGUGGUUCAGAAACCUGAGGGAAACAGUACCUCCCACAGACGCCAAGUUAAGAAAAAAAUUCUUUGAAAAAAAGUUCUUCAGAACUAAAACUGUACUAAAUAAAGACCAGCUUCAGGGCUCUUCAGUCUUCUGGACUCUGCUGAACUACUAGAGAAACUUGGGGCUUCAACGAAGUCAGUGCCAGCUUUUUACACUCAUCCCACCAAGUGAGAGGAAAAAACAAAACACCACGUACCAUCAGAAUCAUUUCAGAAAAGAAAGAUCAUUUGAACACCAGAAAAGAAAAAAAUACCUGACCGCACACUAAAGGAUAUUCCUUUCACACUGCAGACAUUUGGCCUUAUAAAUGUUUCACUCCCUUGAAUUUAUUCUUUCUUGGCUGGCAGAUAUGUGAAAACUUGUUUGCUAUACUUGGGAACCAUUGGUUUCGAUUGAAGAUAAGUUGCCUUUAGGGAAAGAGAAGUCUAAUCAAUAGAGAGAAGGGCAAGGAGGGAUAAUAGUUUGAUAUUUUUAGACAUAGCUGAUUAGGAAGUGUUUGUUUUCCUUAUAUGUUUUAGGAUCUCACCAAGAGGGAUAUGUUUUUAAUACUCAGGAUGAGAUUAGCCCAAAGCCAUUCUGUUUUUAUAAAUUAAUCUAUUUUGCUUGUCGAACUUUGCUCCUACAUUUUUACUCCUCUACUACAGAGAGAGGUAGUGAAGUGUUUUCUUCAGUUUUCAUGCACCUUUUGGGUGUUGACGAGUGAAACACAGGGACCCUCUUUCUGUAAGAGGAACGCUUGCAUACACUGCAGGUUUCUUUUCACAGCUCUAGGAUGUCAUUGACACAUUCCUAACAAAACCCAGCCACAGCAGUGAUGUUGUGCUACAAUGCAGGUCCUUUCAGCUAUGUUGAAGUCUUGUGGUAAGAACUGAAAAGUGUCAGAGAAUAAAAAUUCACUCAGAAAUGCCUUUGUCAGAGAGGGUGUUUGAGUUGUCUGGGGAUGAUACAGUAGUCCUCGUACACUUAUUCAUUCAGGUUUUGAGGAACGCAGAUCAAAGAGGCCUGGAAAGGUCACUCGAGCUGUUCUGCUAAUACCUAGCACCGUGUGUACAGAAAGUCCACAGUGUUGCCCAGAAUGCAGCGGCCGGGCCUGACUGCCUUUGAUCCUUAUCUGGAAACUCUGCUAGCGUAUGUCAUACGAUUGAGGCAGGGGCUUUUAUUGCUGCAAUUAAAACUCUCAAGUGCAUUAUAUUAUCUCCACCCCAGCUAAAAGUCCCGGACAUUGUUUAGAAAGUGGGCUGAGUGAUUUGUCAGAUGCUGGGGCAGCUUUAGGGGCUGCUGGCUCCCACACCCUCCAGCACAAGAUUUCUCUGACUUUUUUCAUUUACAUCUCACCAAACAGCAUAAUGGUCUUAAAGUUUGCUUAGUCCUUUGACUUCCUUUAUCACAUAGAGAUGGCAAACAUUCUGUUGCUAACUUGAAGUGGCUCCAAGCAGCAGGACUGGAAGGAUAUUAAACCAGUAAAAGCUUAUCAACUGAUUCAUUGAUAUGCUGUAAAUUCCAGGCUUUUCAUUUUGCUUUUGAGGGCGGCCGUAAGUCAACACAUUAGUAAGCAAUUUGCUGACAUCAAGAUGGAUCACUUAAAAAGCCCUCCUGGGUAGACAGAGUUCACCUGGGUGCUUUUGUUAGUAUAUUUUUAAAAAAUGUUUAGCCAGCUUGUUACUUGUAAAUGACCAGUAGUUGUUUUACAUAUCAAUAACUCAAACUCUUACUUAGUUUAUCAAGUAUCUGAAAUGUGAGGCUUAAAAGGAAAAAUACAUUAAGACAUUCAUUCUUUGUAAAAUUGAAAAUGUUCAGGUAUUUUGUCUGUUUCUGUAGAAUUCAUAAUAUCAACCAUUUGUUUAAAAACUAGAAAUCAGUUGUCAUUUGUUUUUGACAGUUCUUGCCCUUUCAGUUACUAAGGUCAUCUAACCCACAUGAAAAGUGAGGGAGUAAAUAAAGGAAUAAAGAACGUUGCACACAGAA